CGGAACGAAAAACGAGCUCCGUCGUGAUGCUUGUCGAAGCAGGUCAGCGAGUUGGAAGCGGAGGCCUGUUGGCCUCCGAGUUCGCCAUUGCAAUCGGCAUUGCAGCAGCAGCAGCAGCGAGGAUCACCAGGUUUAUCGUCGAACCUCAGCCAUGGUUCUUUUAGAAUUAGAUCCCUUUUUGAACGAGCUAACUAAACUAUACGAGAACACCAAAAAGUCGGGCACGGUAUGGGUUACCCUCAAAAGAUCUACUCUUCAGAGACAGAAAAAAAGAAAAAAGCCUGAAGAAACACCUGCUCAGGCGGCCGAAGCUCCAGAAUUUCGAUGUCUGGUUCGUGCCACAGAUGGCAAGAAAAAGAUUAGCUGCUCUCUCACGGCCAAGGAUCAUCAGAGAUUUCAAACUUCAUAUGCCACUGUUUUGAAGGCACACAUGGACUCUUUGAAGAAGAAGGAAAAGAAUAAAAAGUCUUCUGCUGCGAAAGCUCAAGCUUCUUAAGUGGUUAGGGUCCUUUUAGUUGUCAGAACGCUAGGAUGCUUCGUUGCAAUGCCAGUUUGAUCACUGGAAGGUAAUUAAUGUGGCUGUUCGACGAGUCGAAUACUUUGAGGUUUUUACCAGAUGUACAUGUCGAUGUUAUUAGUUUUCAAUUCAAGACGUGGCUAUUGAACUGCAGAUUUCACAAGUAUUUACUGCAAUCAUUGUAGUUGAGAAGCAAGUAAUAGUUAAGGUCAAGUACUGGUUUCAUCAGCAGCUGUUUUGUUGUGGCUUUCUUCACAUUACAUUGGUGAUGUAAAUGCUGCUUUUAUAAGCACGAUUUUUGGGACCAACUACUGACUCUGAAGUCAUGGUUCUGGUGCGAACCCUAUGGCUCAGGCUCUGUUUUUCAUGUGCAA